UUAUGUAUGAAGACACAGGCUCCUGUGACAGGGACCUCGGUGUGCUGAGGAGGCCCUGCAUGUCCCUCAUCCCUCCCGUGCUCCUGGCCCUGCCCCUGUGCACAGUGACCUGCAGUCUCUUCUGGGUUUUCUGUCUCCUACAGAUGGAGAAACUGAGGCACAGAGCUGAGUGACGUGGAGCCAGACAUACACAGGACUGAGGCCAGCAGGGGUCUCCACAGAGGCCACCAGGAUGUCAUAUUUUGGGGAACACUUUUGGGGCGACAAAAACCAUGGCUUUGAGGUCCUCUACCACUGUGUGAAGCAGGGUCCCGUAGCCACCAAGGAGCUGGCUGACUUCAUUAGGGAAAGGGCCAGCGUCGAGGAAACAUACUCGAAGGCCAUGGCCAAACUGUCCCGGUUGGCCAGCAACGGGACCCCCAUGGGGACCUUCGCCCCGCUCUGGGAGGUUUUCCGUGUGUCCUCGGACAAGCUGGCGCUGUGCCACCUGGAGCUGACUCGGAAGCUGCAUGACCUCCUCAAGGAUGUGCUGCGCUAUGGCGAGGAGCAGCUCAAGGCCCACAAGAAGUGCAAGGAGGAAGUUCUGGGCACUGUGGAUGCAGUGCAGGUGUUGGCAGGCGUGGGUCAGCUGCUGCCAAAGUCUCGGGAGAAUUACCUGAGCCGCUGCAUGGACCUGGAGCGGCUUCGCAGAGAGAGCACCAGCCAGAAGGAGAUGGACAAGGCAGAAACCAAAAGCAAGAAGGCAGCCGACAGCCUGCGGCGAUCCGUGGAGAAGUACAACUCAGCCCGCGCUGACUUCGAGAUCAAGAUGCUGGACUCGGCCCUGCGCUUUCAGGCCAUGGAGGAGGCGCACUUGCAACACAUGAAGGCCUUGCUGGGCUCCUACGCACACUCAGUGGAGGACACCCAUGUGCAGAUCGGGCAGGUGCAUGAGGAGUUUAAGCAGAACGUGGAAAAUGUCACCGUGGACAUGCUCCUCAGGAAGUUUGCGGAGAGCAAGGGCACCGGCCGCGAGAAGCCUGGGCCUCUGGACUUCGAUGCAUACAGCUCAGCUGCCCUGCAGGAAGCAAUGAAACGUCUCCGGGGAGCCAAGGCCUUCCGCCUGCCAGGACUGAGCCGGAGGGAGCCCCGUGCAUCUGUUGACUUCCUGGAGUCUGAUUCUGGGGUACCUCCCGAGGUGGAUGAAGAAGGCUUCACUGUGCGCCCAGAUGUGUCUCAGAGCAGUGCAGCCGAACCCCCACGUUUCUCCUCUAGCGACUCUGAUUUUGACGACGAGGAGCCUAGAAAGUUCUAUGUCCACAUCAAGCCUGCCCCCACCCGUGCUGUGGCCUGCAGCUCCGAGGCUGCGGCUGCCCAGCUCAGGGCCACAGCUGGCAGCCUUAUCCUCCCUCCAGGGCCAGGGGGCACCAUGAAACGUCACUCAUCACGAGACGCAUCUGGGAAGCCGCAGAGACCCCGGUCAGCCCCACGCACUGGCAGCGGCCCAGAGAAGCCGCUGGCCUCUGAGGAGCCGCUGUCCAAGAGCCUCUUCGGGCCGCCGCUGGAGUCCGCCUUCGACCACGAGGACUUUACAGGCUCCAGCAGCCUGGGCUUCACGUCCAGCCCGUCCCCUUUCUCAUCCUCUUCCCCUGAGAAUGUGGAAGACUCCGGCCUGGACUCUCCGUCGCACGCUGCCCCUGGCCCAUCCCCUGAGUCCUGGGUCCCCCGGCCGGGUACCCCGCAGAGUCCACCCACCUACAGGGCGCAGCACCCUGAGGCCAGGGGCCCAAUGCCCCGUGUGCCCUCCCCAGGUCCUUGGGGGCCAGAGGCAGGCGCAGACUCCAUGACGCCCCCUGACUCCAUCAGGGAGGGGCUGGCUGCGCCACCAAGGAAACCUCGGUCCAGGAAAGUGUCCUGUCCCCUCACCAGGAGCAACGGCGACCUAUGCCGGUCGCUCAGCCCUUCCCCGCUGGCAUCUUCUGCCCCCAACAUCGCAUCAGAUCGGCCCAGCUUCUCCACCCAGAUGGGACAUGGCAUCUCCCGUGGCCCCAGCCCUGUGGUCCUGGGAUCCCAGGACACCCUGCCCGUAGCCACAGCCUUCACUGAAUAUGUCCACGCCUAUUUCCGAGGCCACAGCCCCAGUUGCCUGGCUCGAGUCACCGGGGAGUUGACCAUGACCUUUCCUGCGGGCAUCGUGCGUGUGUUCAGUGGGACCCCACCCCCACCAGUCCUCAGCUUCCGCCUGGUGCACACUGCCCCUGUGGAACACUUCCAGCCCAACGCUGACCUGAUCUUCAGUGACCCCUCCCAGAGUGACCCGGAGACCAAAGACUUCUGGCUGAACAUGGCGGCGCUGACAGAAGCCCUGCAGCACCAGGCGGAGCAGAAUCCCACCGCCUCCUACUACAACCUGGUGCUCCUUCGGUACCAGUUCUCCCGACCUGGACCCGAGUCAGUGCCCUUGCAAAUGAGCGCCCACUGGCAGUGCGGGCCCACGCUUACGCGGGUCUCGGUGGAGUACAGCUACCGUGCAGGCGCCACUGCCGUGUCCACGCCGCUCACUAACGUCCAGAUCCUGCUGCCUGUGGGGGAGCCGGUGACCAGCGUGCGGCUCCAGCCUGCCGCCACCUGGAACACAGAGGAAAAAAGGUUCACGUGGAAGCUGCCAGAUGUGUGUGAGGCAGGGGGCUCGGGCCACCUGUCCGCCAGCUGGCAGCCGCAGUCGGGGCCCAGCACCCCCAGCCCCGUAGCUGCGCAGUUCACCAGCGAGGGUGCCACACUGUCCGGCCUAGACCUGGAGCUGCUGGGCGGCGGCUACCGCAUGUCCCUGGUGAAGCGGAGGUUCGCCACAGGGAUGUACCUUGCCAGCUGCUGAGGUGCUUGGGUUGCCUGCCCUCCUGCCACUGCUCCCCGGGCUGGACUCUGUGGACAGGGCCCCCAUCCCAGCCUGGCUGAGCCAACUCCUCCAUCUGUCCGUCCUCCCGUCCAGUCCGU